AUAAAUCCAGCUAAUAUGUAAAUUUCCAGCGUCGAGUAUAUAUUCCAGAGUCAUGCGUCCAGUCUCAACCAGACACUUCACGACAUCAGAAUUGUGCCAGUCGGUGAUUAACAAUUGUCAGAUCAAGACGUUAUCCUUGGCAAAAGAAAACCCUCAUCCAAAAUGACGAGCAACUCUGUAGUUGGUGAAUGGGGAAAUUUCGUCUUCAAAAUGAUCCAACCGGCCGACCACCCCCGAAUUCUCCAGCACUUGAAGGACUGUCUCUACUACCGGGCAUUUUACAGAAUCGGUUACACCAAAGAUUUGGAUGUUGAAAUGGAUGCCAUCUUUCAGCUUGUCCUCAACGAUGGCUACAAUCUUAGCUUUUUCGCUGAAGAUAAGGCAACCGGCAAGGUUGCCGGUUGUCGCAUCAUCACGAUGGAAAAGGCAGAAAGGCCCGAUUUCCCUGUAGCUGGCCGGUUGUGUAAAGGAAUCGUGAAAUUUUAUUAUGACAUCGUCGACGACUGUAAACUCAAGGAUCGCUACGACUUUACCGAGUUUCCUCAUAUGUUUGGCAUUUCGGUAGAGGAGGAGUUUUGUCGCCAAGGGCUGGCCACCGAAAUUUACCGAAGGGCCAUCGGUUUGAUGAAGGAGAGAGGAUUCUCCUGGUCCUUGGUGGCCUUCAUCAGUCCGUACAGUCGAGCAGCGGCUGGUCGCAAUGGGUUCAUUCAGCUGGCGAAAAGAAAUCUAACCCAGGCCGUGGAUGAGGAUGGGAGCGCACUUUAUGCUGAGGCUGACCCCAACGAUUUUCUUGAUGUGGGAGUUUUUGAAAGUAACUAAGGUUCUAGGAUUGGGGGGGGGGGAGAGAAAAUUGUUCGUGACCGAAUAAACAUUCAUAAUGAAUAAAUGAAAUUGUUUGAAAGCUGAGUAAGUA